AUGGCGCCCGACUCGCGCAUCAUCCUCGUCCGCCACGCGCAGGCCGAGCACAACGUCGACUGCGACUACAGCAUCCCGGACGCGCGCCUGACGCCGCUGGGGCGGCUGCAGGCGGCAGAGCUGGCGCGCAGGCUGGGGGAGCUGCAGGGGGCGGUGGACCUGGUGGAGUGCGACGCGUGGCCGUGCGACCGGGGGGUCGGGCGGGCGGCGCUGGAGGCGGACGCGGAGCUGGGGGCGGCGGGCGCGGGCGCGUUCGACCUCAGCGCGCUGGCGCCCGACGGCCCGCGCGGCGACUGGACGAGCAAGGCCGGGUUCUGGGCGCCGGACGCGGCCGCCGUCGCCGCCCGCGCCGCCUGGGUCCGCCGCUGGCUGCGCGGCCGAGCUUAG